CACCACCACCAGGCAGUCGCCAGUCAGGCACCAGCCACAAGCCGCCGUCGGACCGUCCCCGCCUCGGCCCUCUGUCUCUGUGAAAUCCGCCUCCCCGUUUUUGAGACACAGCCUCUGACCUCUCGCCGCCGCUUCCGACCCCUCUCCGCCGCUUCCGACCCCUCGCCGCCUCGACGCCUUGCGGCCCCGACCCGACCCUACUCCACUGCAGAUUUGAAGAUAGUGCUAACAUUACUCUUGAAUAUCUGUUUUCUUAAAGGAAUUCCAAAUCUGAAGCCCGUCAUGAACUACUAUCAGACCAUGAACUACUCGGAUGUCCUACCCAUGGAGGCUGAUGUUGACGAGAUUCAAGAAAUCUCUAACAUGGAGGCCUCUUUGAGUGCGGUGGAGAAUAUCCUCGGCUACCGAUUCAAGAACAGGAAGCUUCUCGAGGAUGCCUUGACUCACCCUUCAUACCCCGAUUCUGAAUCCUACGAGCGGCUCGAGUUUGUGGGUGAUGCUGUUCUUGGACUGGCCAUGGCUAAUUAUUUCUUCCUCAAGUACCCGAAUGCGGACCCGGGCAAGCUCUCGCUCGUACGUGCUGCAAAUAUUAGCACAGAGAGGCUCGGGCGUGUUGCUGUUCACUGCAAGCUUUACAAUUAUGUCCGCCACAACGUUCCCAGCCUUCAUGAAAAGGUAAGAAAAUUUGUGAUGGCGGUAGAAAGAGAGGAUGAGGCUGAGAUUUAUGGAGGCCUGGUGAAAGCUCCGAAAAUUCUUGCCGACAUUGUGGAGUCAAUAGCAGCUGCUAUAUAUAUAGACUGCGACUUCGAUUUGAAGGCCUUGUGGAUCAUAUUUGGAAAACUUCUAGAGCCUCUGGUAAUGCUCCACGUGCUAGAACAACAACCACAGCCUGUUACUAUGUUGUUCGAGUUAUGCCAAAAGGACAAAAGGCGAGUUGAUAUAAAACAUUGGCGAGAAGGAGAAAAAAAUAUAGCAGGUGUGUAUGUUGAUGGCACUUUUGUGGCCUCGGCUUCCUCUGAGAAGAAAGAGAAUGCAAAGCUACUAGCAGCUAAGGUAGCUCUUAAGGAAUUGCAUUAUGAGGACUCGUCUACCCCUCUCGAUGACGGCAAUGAAAUUGGAGCAAAACAAAAGCUACACGAGCUGUGUGGAAAGAAGAAAUGGGGUAAACCAAUUUACAAAAUCCAGAGCGAGGUUGGCCGAGCUCAUGCGAAGAAGUAUCAGUGCUCUGUAGAAGUUGAAAUAGCUGAGGGUAUUCUCUUUGUGGAGGGGGUUGAAAAAAACCGUGUGAAGGAAGCGGAGAACUCUGCAGCUUAUUUGAUGCUUUGUGGUAUGAAGGAAAACAAUUACAUUUGAUUUUUUUUCAUGCUUUGUGGUUUUGAAGGAGAAGAACAAUUACAUUUGAUUUUUUGUGUUUCUUCUUGUAAAACUAAGUUUUAGCUGAGGGUGUAGCGUUGUAGUGAAAAGGAACUUAUGUUGCAUUAUCUAACCCUUGUAAAAUCGAUUACUGUUGAUUAGUUUCAGUAAAGACUUUGAUAUAUAUAUAUA